AUGCCGAUUAACUUGGAAGUGGCGAAAAAAUAUAGAUCCCCGGCCGUGUUCAAGGAGUACAGCGAGCAUCAUGGGGUCUUGUUUGCAUUGGCAUGUAAGUUUCCCCAAAUCCAACAAGAGUAGUUCUUCAAAUUAGUUACCCAAUGUUCAGGCUCUAAAAUCAGUUUGUCGGGAAAAUAUUGAGCAUUCUGUCGCAUCGAAAAUCGUAUCGCCGUCAAGAAAAUGAAUUGUUUCACGGCAAAAUCAAUCUUUUUCAAUUCAGCGGCGCAAUUUUCGAUUGCGAAAAGAUGCUCAUUAUUUUCCCGACAGACGGAUAUCAGCCCGUCGGGAAAAUAAUGUGGAUUUGUCGAGUCUUGGAAUUGUCGCGACAGCUAUGAAUUUGGUGCCCAACCACGCAAGAACAUUUUGCCGCGACAAAUCCACAUUAUUUUCCAGACAGGCUAAUACCAAACAAAUCCACGUUAUUUUACCGUGCAAAGCAAACUUUCGUCCUUUUUCGCAUGUCACCGAAAUCACCCAGCGACUUUACUAACGGAGUAUCACCUCCGUUUUCGCUUUGUGGCUAGCCAAAGCCAUACCUCGCUAGCCCAUCCUGCCAAAAAUUUUCUUUAUCGUCUGUUUCGACCCGAUACGCGCUUAGUUGACUGACCCAACCUCUGAAACGCUUAUUAUCAGUUUGUCUGGAAAAUAAUGUGAUUUAGCCUAGAAAAAUGUCUCACGUCGUCGAAAUCGCGCACCAAAUUUAACCGUCGCCAAGCAAAAAAUCAUCGCGGUCGCGAACAAGACCUUCAGCCAAUUCAAAGCGAAAAUUUUUAAAUCCACAUUAUUUUCCCGACAGACUGAAGUACUCCCAACAAAGCUAGUAAGGCAUCCACUGCUAUUUUCAGGCAACGCCAGCGCAAAGACGCACCUCAGCUUGCUGUACGAGGAGCACAGAGACUUUCAGAUCUCUCCGAUCUUCUUGGUCGCUCUUGGAAUGCAAUCCUUUUCGUUGGAUAAAACGCCAGGUAAAAUACGACCUUUUGAACUUCAUUUGGAUGUAAAAUAAAGUAGAUAAAACGUAAAAUAAAAUAGCUGUGAAUAAACUUUGUUUUAGGUGUCGAAUGCGACCUAGACGACCUUCUUCAUCUCGAUCAAUACUUGGAAGUCAUCGACGAAAUUCCCAAGUCCACCACGCUUCGACAGGACGUUAGAAUAGUGGAUGUGUUGGACAAGAAAAAUGCUGCGGUCAUCAUACGAAAUAGUAAGUGUAAAAUACGGUUGAAGUCACCCCAUCCUCUUUUUAUAGUUGAAAGCUAUGAUGACAAGACGAACAAAAAAUUGGCAUACAUGCAAUUCGCGAUAUAUCAGAAGAAUGGAGGGGGAUUCGGUGGAAACCCGACUAGUCCCGUGGAAAUUCCAUUAGAAAGAAUCAACAAAAAGUUGGAGAUCGACAAGGUUUUUGAGAUUCAAACUUCGGUCAACCAGGCAAGUGAGGCAAAUCAAAAAACCAAAAAAUCUGUUUAUCGCUUCCGUUUACUAUGAGUACGCCAAACGCGGAGAGUGGUCACAGAGAAAGGAUUUUUUAGCCGUAUCUUGGCCAUUUUCAUGCGGAAAUUUUUUUUUGAUUUUUUGCAGAAACUACCUUCUAUGGUAAAAAUAGCCAUGAAAAUUUCCGUACUCAAGUUUGCAAACACUGCCUUUAGGUCGAUUUUUCCCAACUUUCGACCUAGAAAAUCUCGGUAGUUUCUGGAAAACGCGGGCUAUGAGUCUCGCAUAUGGCCCACAAAGAACCUACAGGGUCUUUUAAGAAAUGUGAAGGAAAAUCGGAGGCUAUAACCUCCGGCGGAGGCGGCGCAGAGAUUCAUUUUUAAAAUACGUAUUUUUAAAUACGUAUUUUUAAGCGACAUUAGUUUUUACCUAUGAAACAACAAGAUUUUAAAGUAAAAAUUGAGGUCUCUCCGGCCUUUUGAAGUAGUCUCCGACUUUCCUUCACGUUUUUUGAAAGACCCUGUAUUCUAGAUUUGAGUCAAUUUUAACCAAAAUCUGAACCUCACACUUGAGGUCUUAUAAUUCGCUGGCGCAGAUACUCUGUCAAAUUUAGCAUUUUGAUUGGUCAGAAUGGGCAUGCUUAGCGGUCAGAAUGGUCAUGGUGGUUCACACAAGUGUAUCGUGUUGACCGACCAGCAUGACCGCCAUGAUCGACAACUCGGCAAUAUGGCCCAUUUUGCCACACAUCCCAAAUUUUGCUUACAAAUGCCGCAAAAAUAAAAAAUAGUUGACCGUGCUUCUACACCCAUCUCACCGUCAUGCAGUUAUUCUCGACCCGGCAUCCAAACCUCUAUCAUUUCAGGCCGCGAUAUUCCGUCAAUGCAACGGCUGCAAGUUCCCACUCCAUAUUGACCCUACAGUAGCCAAAGAAAAGGGUUUUCCAGACCCGCUGCUUCAUGGCAUUUGCACUCUUGGUAUUUCCGUUCAAGCCAUUAUUGAUCACUAUGCAAAAGGUGAUUGGAGAAUGCUAAAGUCGCUGAAAUGUCGGUUCAGCGCUCCGGUUUAUCCGGGCGACCAAUUGGAGGUCAAAGUUUACCGAGAUGAGGGCAAAUUGCGAUUCGAAACUAUGGUAAAGUUUUAUCGCCUUAUGUAAAAAUCAAUGUCGCUCUGUUUCAGAACCUCACCACCAAUCGAACCGCGAUUUCUUCAGCGUAUGUGGUACUCAAGGAGAGCCAUAAAUUGUGA